AUGAGGGCGGCUGCAGUUGUAAGGAGCCGGGCUUCUCUGUGGCUGAAGUGCUGCGGCUCCGCACCGGUAUUGCAGCAGCCGACGCCACCCCACCCGCAGAUUGGCCACGCAGAUCCCCGGCUGCCAACCACACCUGCCACCGCCCGGCCUAUCGUGGAUAUGUCCUACGCACGCCACUUUCUGGAUUUCCAAGGCUCCUCCAUCUCCAAGUUCAUGCAGAAGCUGGUGGUGACCCAGCUGAGCCCCAACUUCAGAGAAGCAGUUACCCUUCUUCGGGAUUCCCCGGUGCCCCUCCCAGGGGACGGAGACCUCCUCGUUAGAAACAGAUUUGUUGGUGUUAAUGCAUCUGACGUAAACUUCUCAGCUGAUGGCUAUAACACCUCAGUUAAGACCCCAUUUGAUGCAGGUUUUGAAGGUAUGGGUGAGGUAGUAGCCUUAGGCCUCACUGCUAGUGCCAAAUACACAAUUGGCCAAGCUGUGGCUUACACGACACAUGGUUCUUUUGCUGAAUAUAUAGUUGUGCCCGCCAAAAUGGCAAUUCCAGUACCCUCUGUGAAACCUGAGUACCUUACCUUGCUUGUAAGUGGCACUACCGCAUAUGUCAGUCUGAAGGAACUUGGAGGAUUGUCUGAGGGGAAGAAAGUUUUGGUGACAGCUGCAGCUGGGGGUACUGGACAGUUUGCCGUGCAGCUUGCAAAGAAGGCAAAAUGCCAUGUAAUUGGAACCUGCUCCUCAGCUGAAAAGUCUGGGUUUUUGAAAUCUAUCGGCUGUGACCUUCCCAUCAACUAUAAGACUGAGAAUGUUGAUGCUGUCCUUAAAAGGGAGUACCCAGAAGGUGUGGAUGUAGUGUAUGAAUCUGUUGGUGGAGAGAUGUUUGACUUGGCUGUCAACGCCUUAGCCAUCAAAGGGCGCUUGAUAAUUAUUGGGCUUACCUCUGGCUACCAAACUCCUACUGGCCUUUUGCCUGUUAAAGCAAGGACUUUGCCAGGCAAACUGCUGAAGAAAUCUGCCAGUGUCCAAGGUUUCUUCUUGAACCAUUACUUUUCUGAGUACCAAAAGGCCAUGGAACACUUGCUGAAGAUGUAUGAAAGUCAAGAACUGGUUUGUGAGGUGGACCUUGGAGAUUUGUCUCCAGGGGGCAAGUUUAUCGGCUUAGAGUCUGUAUUCCGUGCUGUAGAUUAUAUGUACAUGGGGAAAAACACUGGAAAAGUUAUAGUUGAAUUGCCUCACUCUGUCAACAAUAAGCUGUAAAAACAGAACAAUGAUAUAAAUCAAAAGGGAAAGAAAA